ACGGCUAUUUCUUUACGACUACAACCAACAUCCACGUUUAAUAUAAUCAAAUACAAUAUAUAAUUUGUAAACAAACAAAUAAAUUGAUCGCAUUGAUCAUACGUAUUAAAUAUUGUAGAUAUCAUAGACAAUAAAGUAAUCACUAGACAAGUAUGAAUCUGUAUUUAGUAGAAUUGUGAAAAAAUAAAAUUAUUGAUAUGAUAACACGCGCAAACGCUACACUAGUUGUACACUACCCAUUUAUGUGAGCGCGGAUCAAUGACGUAAGCACGUAGCGCUAUCGUCUUACCGAGUACCGAACGGCACAGCAAAGCAAUCACACCCUAUAUGAAAAUUUAAAAACACAACAUAAUAUACAAAUCCACCGUGCGCAGUUGUGCACACCGUAAGAUCAAAAUGAAAACUCAAAAUAGCUACCACAAAAUGAUAAUACCAGCAAGUUAUAGGCUGUAGUAGUCGCUCGCGCAUACUGAAAUUAGUAAUAUUUCGGAUUGUCACUGCCGUCCACACUGACGCGUUGGUCCGCCCCGCGCCCGUCCGGCCAUUUUGAUUAUUGUUUUCGCCCGUAAAUCGUGAAUUUGUGAUAUGAUGUGCGUUCUCGGCGUUACACUGCUAGCUGUUGGUUGCCGCUAAGUUGUACGGUGUUUUUCUGGUCGAAAUACAGGUACAACCCACCGUUUCCGUGCCAUCGUCGUCUAUUUUUUACACCGACCGUCCGCAACAACGGCUUCCAGUCACCAGCACAGACGUGUGGUCACUUGGAAUUUUUGAUUCAUGUCAGUUCGCUACUCGUCACUCGUCGUCCGCCGCUCGACAGACUCCAUAAACGACUCGUACGCCGCAUUCCCGUCGUACACGGUCACGAAUUACCCAUAGUCCCAGGUAAGCGGCGUCGUACUCUGCACGCGGACGUAUUACCGAACCGUACUAACGCUGUGCAAGGCACGCAAAACUAACUCCACUACCUAUCGUGUAAUUAUUACAUUUUAUACUAUACUAUAAAUAUAUAUUAUAUAUAAUUACAAUAUGCAUUUUAUCUUCUUUCUCUUUCAUUAGUUUUCAGCGAAAAAAAAAAUAAAUUUAAUUAAAACCGUGAGUUAUGUAUUCUGAUAUGUCGAUAUCUGAAUUUUUUUUUUUUUUAAACUAGUUCGUGUCGUGAAAAUAAGUCUUUUCGAUCGCGUGUCACUUUCUUCCGUAAACUUUGUUUUAAGUAUUAAAGUCAUGUAUUUAUCGAGAAAAAGUGUGUUCCCGUUAAAUAUUUCGGCACCUCGAUAUGCUCGCUGCGAUGGAAGGUAAGAUCUACCAGAAAACAGCGAUCUUUGGGCUGGGUCUAAAACAGGAUUAUAUAUGGUCGUUCUUCUGAAAUAAAAUUAACAUACCUAUAAUAUUUUUAUUUAUUCAAUUUUUUUUUUUUUUAAUGUUGGGUCUAAUAAAUCAGUUAUAUUUUAAGUUCAGGAAAAUAUUUCUAGACAAAUUUAACCUAUUUGUGCUUCUUAUCCUUGAUCAUAGGUUUUGAAUUGUUUAAAAAAUAUAUUUUCUUAGGAGUUGUACCUGUAACAUCUACAAAUGGAAUCAGAAAAUUCUUCAAAUUCCGAUGACUCUCAAUCAAAUAAUUCAAGUCGAUCUGCAUCACCUGAGCCAUCACCUGACAAUGUUAACAGAGACCAAUCUGGUAGCGGUUCACCUUCAGCUUCCAGUCAUAACUCUGCACCUCAAAGUCCUGAUAACAAUACAUCUGGAUCUCAGAGUUUGGAUGGUAAUGGUUUGCCAAGUCCAGAAUGUGAUGAUCAGUCUGCUGAUAGUUCAUCAACUAAAUCUAAAAGUCUUAUUGAUGAAUCAUGUAGUCCUGAACAUCAAAACGAUGAACAACAAAGUCCAAGCUCGUCUUCCAGCUCAUCGAGUCGUGCUUCAUCAGAGGCUGGGUCUCCAGAUAGAAAUAGUAAUUCUCGGGCAUCAUCUAAAGCAUCAUCAAGGAGUAAUUUAUCCGAAAAAGAACCAAAAGAACCUUUUAAUAAUUACUUAUCAGAUGUAUCUGAUGAAGACUCAAUGGACAAUAUAAACGACGAGAUAAUUGACGAUAAUACCUCCCAAGUACGAAUAUCAUUGAAAUAGUUGAUUAAUUAACUAUAUGAAAACUACAAAGAUACUAGUACUAAUAAUAUAGAUUUUGCACACAGUUGUCUUUGUAGUAAGAUACUUUAAGUAAAAUAUAAACAUUUUGAAAAAACUUUUUUUCUGUUUUCAGAAAAGUGUGAAGGAAUGGAAAAGUGACAAUGAUACUAAUUCUCUUUCUAAAGAUAAUGUUUUGCCAGUUAACGGUCAUAAUAAUAUUGAUGCUAAAUCGGAGCCUAAUAUUGUUAAUGAUCCAGUUGAAGAACCAUUAGAUUUUGAAGCUGAAGACGGAGAAGAUGGGGAAUGUGAUGAACCGAAACCAGUUAAAGAAGAUGCUGAGAUUGAGGAAGAAAAGGAACCUGAAGAACUUGAGGAAGGUGAGGUUUCUGAUGAAGGUGAACAUCGACCCGAAGAAACAGAACCUAGGCCAGUAUGUCGAUUUUACUCAAGAGGACAAUGUACAUGGGGUGCAAACUGCCGGUGAGUAAUUUGCUGGUAAAAAUGUAUAAAGACCUAAAUGAAUCUAUCAAGAAUGGUCUAUCUAGAUUUUUGCAUCCGGGUGUCACGGACAAAGGCAAUUACUCAAUGUUUGAGUUGGUACGCCCAGGUCCGAUACCUCCACCUCUUGGCUUACCGUUUUAUCCUCCUGAUCAUUAUCGACAGCAUGAAAGACCAUUGGUAAAUGUUUAUAAUAAUUCUAACUACUUUUAAUUUAAAACAGUUACAUGAGUAUAAAUCGCUUGUCAAUUAGAUACCUGGUGUUCCAAUACCAGCUGUAAAAAAAGAUGAAGUUCCUCCUGUAGAAUCUGCAUGGGAAAGAGGAUUACGUCAAGCUAAAGAGGUAAAAAAAAAAAAACACUAUUUUUAUUACUAAAAUGUAAAACAAAUAAUUAGGUAUAUUGAAAUAAAAAAAAAAUUGAUUUUAAUGUAAUCAAUGUUUUUUCUUUUGUUAUUAUUAUUAUACAAUGAUUAGAUACUUAAAAAAUCCAAUAAGAAAAAGGAAAGUGAUAUUGAUUUUGAAGAGAAAAAAAUGAAUUUAACAUCAAAUCAAGAAGAAGUUGAAAAAGAAAAUGAUUAUUAUUCACAACGCCCAACUAGUCCAACUGCUUCACCUGCUAUAAGUCCUCCUAUUGAAAGAUUGUUAGUAUAAGAAAAAACUAUUUUUUGUUUUUUAUUUUUUUUUAAUCGUAUUCUUUAUUCAAUUUUAAUUUUUAGUAAACCAGAGUUAGAAACUCGACAUCAUAGAGCUCCACAUCCAGACCCAUAUGUAGAUGAUUUUAUACCACCUCCAGUAGAUUUUUAUCCUCAUAGGCCAGACUUUUGGCCUCCUCAUCAUGGUCGUCCUUUACCACAUUUUCCUCCUGGUCAUCCUAUGGAUUUUCAUGCCGCUCCUCGAAGAAAUCCAUAUUAUCCAUAUCCACCACCAGAUCCAUAUUAUCAUCCCGGUUUGAAACCACAUCAUCGUGGUUUACCUCCCAAAUACCCACCUAAUAGAGAAGUAAUAAUGCAACGUUCUGAUAAAUCAUACAGGUAUGAUUUUAAAUUUGGCUACAUGUUAUAAAAUUCUAAAACAUUAAAAUAUUUUUAAUUGCAGCCCUCAGCCUUCUGGACAUCGCAAUAGAAGAGAUAGAUCAUCUAGUCGACCACGUAGAGGAGACGAUUGGGCUGAUCCAUGGAUGAGAUCAAAAUCACCUGGAAGUCGAUCUAAACUUAGAGGAAGAAAAAAGUCUUAUUCUUCUCAUUCUUCAUUUUCAUCAUCGAGGUAUUAAAAUAUUUAAACCAAUAAGACUUCACACUUUUAUUUUUUAAGUUAAGUACUUUUUCUUAUUAAAAAUUAUAUUAGUUAUGCGUGAUUAAAAUAUGAAUUAAUAUUUAUUUACAUGAAAUAGUUUAAAAAGUAUAAAAAUCAAUAUUUGAAAUAUGUUGUGAGUGUCAAAAAAAAUAUUGCAUGUAUCAAAUUUUAAAGUACUUCCUUAAUUUAAGUAUGCAGAUUGAAAUACCCAAUUUGGGUUUGCGUCUUGUUAUUUGAGGAGGAAUGUUGCAGAUAUUAUGUUUAUUUAUGACCUAUUAAUUGGUCUUAUUUUCGAUAGAAUUAUUAUCUCUGAUUAGUAUUAAUAUAAAAACUCGUCGAUUAAGAAAUUACAAUAUAUUUCAUUUUCCUUUUUAUAGAAAUGAUUAUAUUUCCACUUCAUUUUUCCCCAGAGUUCUGUCUGGUGAACACUAACGAACCAUGUUGAUUUUUUUUUCUGUCUCGUAAUGUUUUCAGACAGAAUGUUUAUAUUGCCUUAAAUUUGUUUAUUUAAAUUAAUGUUUUUUGAAUUAUCGAAAUAUCUUUGCUGCUUCUGUUAUUUAUUGUUAAUUUAAUACUUAUACUUUUAUUAUAAGGUUUUUUUUUUUGUAUCCAUACUCGUGUGUGUAUAUAUAUAUAUUUAAGCAUCAAAUUUCCACUAUUAAGUUAAGCAGAAAUUGUGCGUAUUAAUUGUCUUUUGCUUAAGGGUUAAAAAUCGUUUAAUAUACAUAAAAUAAAAAAAAAAAAUUGUGCAAUUUGUAGGUCUAGUACUAGUUCAAGUGCAUCAAGUUACAGCUCGCGUAGUCGAUCAAGAGGGAGAUCUAAUUCCAUGGCAAAAAAUAGGAAGAAACCGCCUCCACAAUCAUUUAAACCUUCUCCUGGACGUAAACCAAUUAGAAAACCAGGUGAUUACUUAUUUGAUUAAUUGUGAGUUAGUUAAAAUAUAAUCAUUAUAUUUUAAUUAAUUGUGUGUUAAUUAAAAUAUAAUUAUUAUAUUUUAAUUAAUUGUGUGUUAAUUAAAAUAUAAUAAUUAUAUUUUAAUUCUAAAUUCAAGGUUUUUUUUGAAAAUAUAUCCUUAAUACUCGGUAUGGAUUGUAUUGGGUGAUCCCCCUGUAUGAAACUUUUAUUUAUUUUCCUAUGCAGAGGCGAAAGGUAAUGGAAGGUAUUGGAAGAGCUAAGAAAAUAAUGACUAGUUAUCAACGCCCACUAUAGAGAACGAAUAUGUUUUGUCUUCAAUAUCAGCGCUAAAAGUGUUAAUAAUGUUAUUUCAGUUAAAUUAAUAAAAAUAUUGUACAAUUGUCAUGAAAAAAUUUAACAUUCUGUGGUUAUAACAGAAUAAAUGUUCAUCUCCAAAGCCAUGAAUCUCAGAAGUGAACUGUAUAAUAUGUCUUAUGUAUCUGUGUUUAGAGGUAAACUGUUUAUGAAGUUGGAAGGGUAUAUAUAUACUUUCAAUUUAAAAUAUUACAAAAUAUUUUUAUUUUAUGAAGAAUAACACAAUUAGUAUUUAUUCUUCAUACAAAUAAUGUGCUUGUUUUCUAUUUAAAAAGUUGACUGCUGUUAGUACUUUAUUUGGUACUCACUUAGUUUAUAUCCUAGUAAUUCAUAUUGUAAAUUCUGAACAGAGUAAGGAAUAUAUUGGUUUUACAGGUUUUUUUUCUUCUGUGAAUAUUUACUAGAAAUAUUGCUCAAAUUUUUAAGUGUAGCAGAUUUUCUGAAAGAAAAUUAUAUUGGGGUGGUACUUUGGGUAUUUAGAUAAUUAUUUGAUUUUCCCAAGAGUUCGUAAUAAAUGGGAAGGAAUUAUACAUGGAAAGCUUUGUUGGCAUUUCAGAGUAUUCAUCUUUAAUGUUCUUCCAAAAUCUUAAAAAUUGACACUGAAUAACAUUUUAUUUGUAACCAACAAUCAGAUUAAAUGUCUAUUUAUAAUUGUUCUUCCUCUGUGAUUAUGAAAUUUUAUAAUGGUUUUUCAUUAAAUAGGACAAUAGCAAAAUAAACCAUUUCAAUGUUAUUAAAUUUGACUAUGUUACGUGGUUCUUUAAAAACAAAAGCAUUUUCUAAUGUGCGUAAUUAAAUUACUCUAUUUAAUUGUCAACAUUUUUUUGAGGCAAAUUGAUUUUGGUUAAGGAAAAGGGAAUAAAUAUGGAUUUUAAUAGUUUAUUGGUGAAUUAUUUUAUGAAUACUAAUCCUGAAUAUUUGACAUUCAUAUAUUUGCUUUAGUCUCUAUUUCAUUCUAAUUGUCACCUUCAAAAACUGCGUUGUCAAGAAAAGCUAUAAUAUUUCCAAUUAAGUCUAGUUCAAUUAAAUCAUUUGCAUAAAUUGAAAAUAGUAUAGGACCUAAAACGGUUCCAUUCGGGAUACCAUAUUUUAAAAUAUUAGGGUCACCAUUUCAUUAAUUUUAAGUGUUUGAGAUAUAUUAUAUAGAUACAAUUUUAAACAGUUCAAAAAAAUGUUUUCCCUACAACUUUUUCUAGUUUAUAAUAAUAUAUCAUGAGACACUGAAUCAAAAGCUAUUAUGUAAGUCUAAAAUAUACUUCCUUUUAGUAAAUUAUAAGCUAGAUAUGCUAAGCACACUAUUGAAUCUUCACUACUAGUAUGUUUAUGAAAUCGGUAUUGUAUUUUGUUUAUGAAUUAUUUUUUUUGUCUACUAAAUUUUUUGUAAUUGGAUUUUUGCUUAUUUUACUAGUAGUUUUGAUAUUGCUGAAAUUAAUGAUAUUGUUAUGUAAUUUGUAAGUUCUUCGGGGUUACAAUUGUUUGUUUAUAUAUAUCAAGGAAAGUACUCUUUUGAAAUUUUAAGUUUGUUAAAUAAGUAACAGGUUUAACUAUGUAUAUAUUCUGCUAUUUGUAUUAAUAGAUCAGAUGAAAUUAAAAGUAUUUGUAAACAAUUUCCCGUCAGUAUUUAUAUCAAUUCGUUUAAUAUUAGAAAUGAUUUUGGAAGGCUGUAAAUUAUUUUUUUGAUCUUAGUUAACUAUUUCUCUAAUUGUGUUCCAAACUUAUUUGAUAUAUCCAGUGUUUUUUUAAAUUUUAUAAUUGUGUAAUUUAAUGUCAUUUUUCCUCUUUAAUACCAUUUUAUCUAACUCUCUAGUUCUAAUUGAUUUUACUAAGCCUAUAGUUAACCAUGGUUUAAUUCUUCUUCUAUUUAAUGUAAUGUAAUUAUCCCUCAUUCUUAGAUAAUCAAACAGGUAUUUAUUCAAUAUUUUAUUUAAAUUAUUUGCACGUUUAUUAACAUCAGAUCCAUUUAAAACUGUAAACAAAUUUUGUUCUGAUAAAAAUAAGAUUAAUAAUUUUUUGGUUUUUCAUUAUUAUAAUUUUUACAGUUUUCUUCUAUGCUUUUUUAUUUGUCGAUUAAUAUUAUUCUAUAAUGAUCUCUAGUAUUUAACUUCUAUUAAUAGCUUUUCUCUUUUUUGUAAAAGUAUUUUGUUUUGUUCUCUUAGUUGUUUCAUAUCAUUCAAAGUUUUAUUAACUGUAGUAUUAAAUGUAUCAAAUUUGUCACUCAUAUAUUGGACAGAGGAUGCUAAACUUUCUAUUGUAGCUUUUUCUUUGUUUGGGACAUACUUUUCUUUAUUGUUGCUCCAUUUUAGUUUGCAUUCAUUACAUGUCCAUUUGUUUUUGGUAUUUUUUGUCAUUUUGGCAAAUGUACUUUUAUUUAAACCUUGACAAUAAUAAUGAUAGCCAAUUUUGUAAUCAGAGCACAUUAUUUUAUCUUCUUUUAUGAUUUUUUAUAAAUGUUUUAUACAAUCUAUAAUCUAAAUUCAUAACCUAUUUUAAUUACAUUGGGUUCGGCUGCAAUGUGGUUUAAGAAUAACUUAACGACACAAUAAAUAAUGCAGAACUUGGAGAACACAAUAACGCACUACUGCAAUACAAUUUUAGAUCAAGAAAAGGGACUUCAAACCCUUAUACCAUUUUUGUGGAUUUUAAAUACAAUAAGUUUCAAAACUAGUUUAACCUAGUCAAAACCCUAUUAAUCAUUAAAUUUCAUUUCUAAAUAAAUAUUUUGAUAAUAUGCAUUUUUUGAAUCUACUAGAAUGUCUCUUAAUUUUGUUUUUUUUUGUGGUUUUUCAUACCAACUAUCACGCAACAAUGUUAUUUUCAAUUUAUUGCAGGUAUUACCAUGAUACUAUCACAUAUAAUUCUUAAUUCGUAGACAAAAUUAAUUAAUUUAAUUUCUUACCCCCUCUCUAUUUUGUUACUUAAUAUAAGAAAAGUACUGUGUGUUAAAUUUGGAUGCAAUAACUUGUCACAAUAAAAUUGAAUGGUUAACAAAGGAAUAGUUUUCUUACGUUUUUUCAAUUUAUUUCAAAAUGUUUUGAAUAUUAAUUAAUUACUAAACAUAUUAAUGUCUAUUAAGAAAAAAAAAUAUUCUUACAUAGUUUUUUUUGUACAUCCAUGACAUUUCAAGAAAAUUAUUUAAUUAUUCUAGCAUAAUUAAUUAAUUAUUUUAUCAAUAUAUUUACCAAGUUUAAUAUACAAUAAAAUAUUGAAUGUAUUGAUUAAUUGUUACAGCUAGAUGUAUGUAAUUUUGAGAUGAUAACAAAUUUUAUAAAUAAUAUUGGGUAUAGUUUAUUUUUGAAUACCAGGAACUCUUUUUCUGUGAUCUUUAUUAACUUUAAAAUGUAUUGUUUUUGCUCUUUAAUUUCCGUCAGUAUAUUAUUAUAAUUUUGUUAGCAUCUUUCAGCAGUCAUGGAUUACUCUCAUAUUACGAACAUUUGCUUCCAAUUGAAAAUCUUCUCAUCCCAAUUUAACACAUUACUUUCUUAUAUCAAGUUUCAAAAUAGAAGGGUAAGAAACAAAAGUUAAAAAAUAUGGGUCACCCAAAUAUAUGUAUGUAUAAAUAAAAUAUUUAUUGUUAGUCAACUGUAAUAAUAAUUAAAAUUUUGAAAUUAAAGAGAGGAAUAUGUAUUAUUUUUUUUUAGAGCGAAAUCCUUCUCCAGAUGGAUUUGAAAAGAAAAAUAUGAGUCGAUCAAUGAAUCCUCCAGUGCCAACUAAUCGUUGGUCUGUUUCUCCUACUAAUUCUGCACCUUCUAUGCCUCCUUUACAAAGGUAAAGAAUUAGAUUUGAACCCAUGAAAAGCUUUAAUUAAUUUGUUUUUACAUUUUGUAAACUUUAGAGCAAGACAAAUGCCAAUGCCACCUAGGUUUGCUGUAAAUAAAUUAAGUGGAGUAAAGUCUCCAGCUAGUACUCACACCUCUACUUCUUCGUCAAGCAGUGAAUCAGUGUCUGGUUCUGGUUCUUCAGAAUCAUCUGAUUCGAGUGGUUCAGAAUCAUCGUCUGAAGAAGGAGGAAGUCCAAAACUUAAAACACUAGCAAUGUCCCCAGACAAAUUAGUGAAAAAAGGAGCUGUUUCUAAAGUAUGUGUGUUAGCAUUUUUUUUAAAAAAUUUCUAAUAAUAAUUAUGUAUACAUUUAUUUUAUUAAGAUGCAAAAAUCGCAGAAACAAAAUAUGAAAAAUAAAAUUUCUGCGCCACUUGUUCCUGCAGUCAGAAAAGGUUAGACACAAUUUGAGUUUAUUAUUUAUUUAUUUAUAUUAAUAUGUAUUAUUUUUCUAGAAAAAUCCACUAUUCAAGGGAAAAAGAGGCCAUUGGAUUUUGAUAAUGAAGAUAAUAAAAAUUUGUCUCCUCCUAGAGUAUGUAUCAUUAAGCAUAUUAUUUAAAUACAUUAAUUUGAAUAUCAUUGAAUGAAAUCAAAUUAAUUUUAUAAUACUUCUUAGUCAACAGCAAAACUACUUUCAUACUCAGAAAAUGCAACCUUUUAUCAGAAUAAUAUUUUACUAUUUAUUUUUAUGUAAAAUAAACCCAAAUAACUUGUUUCUAAAAACAAUAUUUUAGUUUUAUUUCAAGUGAAAAUUUUGCUUCAAGAAUCAUUUUUUUAUCCCGCUAAGUGAAAUUUAAUUCAAAAGAUUAUUUUGUCUAAUUGAAGUAUUAUCUAUGGGUAGUAUCUUUUUUUCUAUCCAUAAAAAAACCUUAUUUAUUUUUGAAUGAAUACUGAAACAUGUGAUACGUUCAGAUUAUUUAAUAAUUUUAAUUUUAGGUUAGUAAUUCAUCUUUUUUUGUUUAUUUGUUCAACAAACUAUAUUUUAUUGACAGAAGAAAGGAGUAGCAGCGGCCGUAGCAGCUGCUGCUGCAGCCGCCGCAGCAGCAGCACCACCAUCAAGGCGAGAAGAAUUGUUAAAACAACUGAAGGCUGUAGAAGAUGCCAUUGCCCGGAAAAAGUCCAAAGUGGCGUUAUAAAUAAAUUAUAAUUGUUAACUUAAUAACUCAAAAUUAUUUGUAUAUAUUAAAAUUUGAAGUACACUAGUAUUUUUAAACAAGUGGUUUUUAUCUCGUAUACAUGUAAUUUAAAAAUUAUAUUUAUAUUAAAAAUAUUAUAUUGUUUAUGAAACUGUCAUUUUUUAUAUUAAUGAAACAAAAUAUGUCGUAAUUAUUAAAAAUACAAAUUUGACAUAAAAUUCAUAAAAGAGUCUGUUUCAAGCUAAUCCUCCGUUCCAAUUGGCUUAACUAACUGUUAAACUAAAAUAACAUAGGCUGGAAUAUAUACAUGAUAGCAAUAAUUUUUUUUUAAAUUUGUGUUUCUUUUAUAAUUAAAUAGUAUUCACAAUUUUUGAAUGUUCCCAUGUUCAACUAUUCACAUAGUAAAGUUUUAAAAAUGUAAAACAUUAAUAUUAUAUCUAUUUUUUCUGUGUACAACAAUAAUAUGUAACAAAAAAAAAUAUGUAACUCAAAUUUUAAUGUUGAAGAAGUGUUUAAGGAACUUUUUAUUGACAUCAACAGCUGUGUUUGUUCUUUUACAAGUUCAAUGCUAGUCUCUGUCUGUAUAAUCGUUGCCUGCAAAACUGAUAAAAUUCUAUUUCUCUGGUAAAGUUUUUCCUCACUAUGUCCUUAACGGCUUCACUGAUAAUUGGCUUGAAAGCAUUGUGAUUGACCUUAUGUAAGCCCAUAUCUCCUGUUGGAACACAUACAAAUGUUAUGAGACAAGUUUACACAAUGUAACAUUUUUAGGUUAAGUUACCAUAGUAGACAUUGGACGCUCCUUUAAAAAACCUCGGUAUGUAAUGUUCAAAUACUGUCAGGGUGAUGUUAAAAUCUUCCAAUACGCCAACCACUGCAUAAUGUUGUUCCACAGAUCGUUUGGCUCUCUCCAGUGCACCUUCUGAAUUAAAUGGACUG